UGAAGGAUCACUUCUUGCUUUGGCAGUGGGCGGUGCACCGAAGCAAUGGCCUCCUCCGCAACCUUUACAACGUUGGUUCUCUCUUCUUCUUUCGCCACUCAGUGCAACAUCUCAAAUCAUCACCACCAAAAUUCUUCUCUUUUUACUCCUCCAAAAUCUCCCCUUUUCUCUCUCUCUAAACCCCUUUCUUUGAAGCUCACUUCCCCUUUUCUCUUCCCCAAAACACCCACAUUUUCUACCAUCCCCAAUUCUUCUGAAUCCGACGCUGCCGUUGUCGAUGUUGAACCCGAUAACGUGGAGCCCGAUCCCGAACCUGAAUCAGAACUCGAAGCAGUGGUAGAGUCAGAACCAGAACCAGAACCAGAACCAGAAUCAGCUCAAGUUGUUGAGGCUUCCGAGGAAAAGCCUAAAAGGGAAGAGAUUUUCGCUGUUGUUAUGAUUGGAGGUCGGCAAUACAUUGUUUUCCCUGGAAGAUAUCUCUACACACAGAGGCUGAAAGGUGCAAAUGUUAACGAUAAGAUUGUUCUAAACAAGGUAUUGCUUGUGGGAACAAAAACAACUACAUAUAUUGGAAAACCUGUAGUAACUAAUGCAGCUGUACAUGCUGUUGUUGAGGAACAGGGACUAAACCCAAAAGUUGUUGUCUAUAAGUACAAGAAGAAGAAAAAUUAUAGGAGAAAUAUUGGACAUCGACAGCCAAAUACUCGGAUAAGGAUAACAGGCAUCACAGGCUACCAAGACUCUCCUGCUGUUACACUCGACUCCUAAAAUUCCUUCCUGGGGGAUCGGGUUCUACCGGGUGUUAACUUUUGAUUGUGCUAUGGAGUUCCCUUUCCUCUUCUUGAUCAUUGUGUACGUAUUUCAAGUUGGUUUGUAGCUUGAUAUAAGUAUUAAGAAAUCAACAUUAAUUGUCAAAAUGAUGUUUUUUUUUAACAAAUUUUGUAUUUAACUCUGUUUAUCUU